UUACCCCAACCCGCAAAUAGCCAUCAUGCCUUGGAGGAUCCUUUCUCUGUUGAUUGCGCAUGUCCUUAUAUCGGAGGCAGCUUCCACGCAGGAUACACCAACACAAACACAUCGAGCAUCAUCAUCUUUGUCAUCGACGGUGGCCUCGACCGGUAAAAGUAAUGAUUUGCCUGGAAAAAGCGUAGUCGUGAACUGGAAGCUGACCUGCCAACAACUCUGUGGAGAGGGGUACGGUGGACCCACUUGUGGGUUUACCUGCCUGCAGCAGCAGACCGCUACCGAUAAAUCCAAUAGAAUAAAAUUAGACAGUAAAGCACACACUGCUAUUUGUCCAACGCUUUGCGCGAAUGGUUUAGGUGCAGGUCGAUGCCACUGCAAACCAUUGACACCACCGAACGUAGUUAACGACCACAACGGUGUUUGCAGUGCGUUCUGUGCAGCAGCCAACAUCCAGUUAGAUGGCUGUAGCCGCUGCAAUGGAGAGCAUCUCGCUGCUGCCGACAGCACGACCGGCAUUCAAACCACGACCCCAAAUUGGGAUGACCUCUGUACCCUGUGGUGCAAAAUGGGAGAAGGCGGGACAUUAUGCAAUUGUGAUUUGCCACCGUUUGUUUAGUGUUAUGUUCUGAUUGAAAUUUUCUUUAGUGUAUUUUUUUUUUCAUUAUUUAUGCAAUCUUGCUUUAAUUAAGUGAGGUGAAUAACUUAAAGUAAAUUUGGAAACCAGGAGUAACAAAUGCAGAUCGAAACAUAUCGGAGGGAAUUACAUGCUAAUUUCCUUGAAUAUUUGAAAGUAUUGUUUGACUUCAGAUUUUUUUUUGAUUCAACAUUAAAAGAACAGAUAUAAUUAUAAGCAGAACUAUAAAUCAAAGGGCUUCCAAACAAAUAUCACUUCCGAGGAAUAUCCGUCGUAGUUGUGUAUAUUAGUAUAGAUUUUCUCAUUGGAUGAACCUUAUUGAAGUAGAACGCAUUAGUUACAACAAAAAAUCCCAGCAUCUAUUAAUCUAAUAUAUUUCUCUACCUUCCAAGUUAGGAAGAUGGAGAAGCAUGAACUCCAUUCUGAUAGAGUUAUCUCUGUCAAACGUCAAUUUUUUAGUAUAAAUUUUAUGAUGGAACUCUUCUUAAGUUUCCCUGUCUUGCGACAAAGAUCCAUCAAUUGAGUUUAAACAUCAAAGAAACAAUAAACUAUGCAUGUGUACAUACGUACAUUCUUAUAAAUUUGAACAAGUAACAUCAGUCACCAUGUCAUCUAGGUGAAACAAUAAUCCAGGACGUUUCAAAUUUAGAAGAGUGAAAAAAAAAAUGCUGUGAAAGACAAUAAAUACAGUAAGAUCAAAAUAACCAGAAGCUCAUUAGGCAGUUCAUCGAUUAGAGAAAAGGUGGAAAAAUGUAGCUCGCUUAGCAAAUCAAUGUUGUAAUUCAAUUUCCAAAACUUAAAAUUGCUUGAAUAAAUUUAAAUGCCAAACGACAGCAUACGCAACCAAGACAAAGGAAGUAUUUCGCGAUAAUUUCGAUUGUUCUCAUCAGACAUUAAAAAAAUAACAUCUAAAUGAAUGAGCAUUGAUGUGCUAUAGGAUCAUGCUAGUACUAUAUUGUUGCUGCAAAAAAAAACCUAAUCUAAUACUACUGUAACUGUUAAUCUAAGAACCGGAAUGUACACUAUGAGCACAAUGCUAAAAAUGCAAUGACAUUGAGACAAUAAACUGAAAUGUGUAACCGUACUAUCUAAUGGAAAAUUACUAUUAUAUUAUACGUUCUAAAAACUACUAA